CAUCGAAUGUCCACGUGCGCUGCAGAAAAUAACCGUUUCAUCAGGAGCCGCUGUGUUUAACCAGAGCAGACCGGUACAGCUGCCAGAGCGCGCGAGUUUAUUCAGAGCCUGCAAGCGCUCCAGCUGAACCUCAGUAUGGUGAAAAAGAGCAGGAGUCCUACAUCCGCUAAAAUGAAGGGGAUAAUCUCAUACUUUGCUGCUUUAAUCAGAGAGAGAAAACAUGGCUCGACUGACCUGCUACAGAAGCUUGGGACCCGAAUUCCAGUCUAUCAGCACAGUACACAUUCAGAGUGUUUUCUGAGACCAGAAGCCAGUUUGUCUGAUGAAUCUGCAGCAGCUGCACAGUGCUUCGCCAGUACAGGACGGAAGCUGCAAAGGCCUCAGGUUUCAGCAGCAGAUUUUGACUACUUGAAGGUGAUUGGGACAGGCAGUUUUAGCAAGGUUCUUUUAGCAAAAUAUAAGGAGAACAAUAGAUACUAUGCAGUCAAAGUUUUACAGAAGCACAUCAUCCUGAAAAAAGAAGCGGAAGGAAACAUCAUAUGUGAGCGAAACGUGCUAGUGAAAACUCUGAAUCAUCCGUUCUUGGUGAGACUACACUUCAGCUUUCAGACCAAAGAGAGGCUCUGUCUAGUGUUGGACUAUGCAAGUGGUGGAGAGCUCUUUUACCACCUCCAAAAAGAGCGUGUGUUCAGGGAGCCCAGAGCCAGAUUCUAUGCUGCAGAAAUGGCCAGUGCACUAGGAUACUUGCAUUCACUGCAUAUUAUCUACAGAGACCUGAAGCCGGAGAACAUCUUGCUCGAUUCUGAAGGCCACGUGGUCCUAACAGACUUUGGCUUGUGUAAAGAGGGCAUUGUGGGACGUGCAACCACCAAAACCUUUUGUGGAACUCCUGAAUACCUGGCGCCCGAGGUUCUCCAGCAGCACGAGUACGACCGUACCGUGGACUGGUGGGGGCUUGGAGCUGUUCUGCAUGAAAUGCUUUAUGGUCUGCCACCCUUUUACAGUGCAGACCACAUUAAGAUGUUAGGCAAUAUAAUUUAUCAACCGCUGGUCCUUAAGGCUGGAGUGUCCAAGGCUGGAAGAGAUUUUCUUAAAAGCCUGCUAAACAAAGACAGAUCUAAGAGACUAGGAGCUAAACAUGAUAUGGAUGAGCUGAAGCGGCACUCAUUCUUUUCCUCUAUCCAGUGGGAUGACCUUGUGGCAAAGAAAAUCCCACCUCCCUUCGUUCCCUCACUGUCUGGCCCUGAUGACCUGACAAAUAUUAACCCUGCAUUCACAAGACUUCCCGUCCCAGAAUCUCUGAAUGUGUGUGAGGAGGCUGGGGUAACCUUCCCUGGCUUCAGCUAUGUGAAUGAAAACAUCUCAUUAAUUUCCACGUAGAUAAUCAGAUACUCUAAUCACAAUGCUCAGAUAUGUGAUCAACAAACUGAAAUCAAGCCUGCCUACUGGAAAACUGACUUGUGAUUAUACCUCGGAGUGGAUAUGCACAUUUACCUAAAAGUUCAAGUGCAAAGUUUCUUUUUAUUAUUUUCAUUUAUGUAUUAUUUUCUGGAUGCCAUUCGGACCAUUGCGUUGCUGUUGCACUGUUUCUUCAGUUUCUUUUUAGUCCUGAAAUCAGUGAAUCUAUGUUCAUUUUAUUUAGAUUUUUUUUAUAUUUGUGUAUUUUAUCUUGCAUUUACUUUUGGAUGAUUGUCAAGUGAUAUUUUAUAUAUUUACAAAAUUGUACAUAAAUUCAGCAAUUAUUUGUUACAUCAUUUAAUUUAUUUAUUCAUCAAUUUAUUUAUUUUUACUAUCCUAAUGUUGUGCACAUAAAAGAAAUUAUGUAACACUGACUUUUUUUCAGUGUUCCAAGUUGAUAUUAAAGAGCCUGGAAACUUACCUUAUGUUUGUUCCUAGGCCGCCUAAAAAAAAAAAAAGUUUAGCAAUUGAACAUUUACUUAAAAUAAAAUGAUCUGUGAUCCCUGGAUUCUUGUAAUCGUGAUCCCAUUGGCAUUUUCAACUCAUAUUUUAUGGAUUUGAAAGAGCCUACUAGUAUAACAUUAUCAUGUUAUAUUUUUCAUCAAAACCUAACCUAGAUCGGUGACAGGGGGUGCACAACUGAAGCCAUUGCUCCAUCAACACAUAAGCCCUGAAAUUAGGUGUCCUCCUAGACGUCCAGUGAUUGCACAGACCCAAUCUAAAUUUAUUUUCUUAUGUAAUAUGAGUGCACGGUGGCUUAGUGGUUAGCAUGUUCGCCUCACACCUCCAGGGUACUCCGGUUUCCUCCCCCAGUCCAAAGACAGUAGGUCAGGUAGGCUGAUUGGCAUAUCCAAACUGUCUGUAUGAAUGGGUGUGACUGUGUAUGUGAUUGUUCCCUGUGAUGGAUUGGCCCACUGUCCAGGGUGUACCCCGCCUUGUGCCUGAUGCUCCCUGGGAUAGGCUCCAGGUUUCCUAUGACCCUGAAGGAAGGAUAAGUGGUAUAGAAGAUGGAUGGAUGGAUGUAAUAUGACAGAAUCAUUUAACUUUUGAAGUGAGUGACAGAGCAAAUAAGAGCAGGCCAUCCCAAUAUUAUUAAGUUGCCUUACUAGCAAGUUAACAUUGUUUUUUGCAAUAGGUUUACAUUAUAUUCAAAGAUGACUAUCAGUCACUUUAUAGCAGUGGUCAGGAACUGAUGGAUCACGAGUGACACUUGGGUCUUUGACAAAAAUGUGGCUUGGCAGGUGUCUCACCCUUUACCAACAUAUCAUGGUUAAAAAUUUAGACAUAUCACUAGAGGUCAGUUUCCUGUAGAGCAUGCAAAAUUAAUUACAGUUUCUGUCAUGAUGGCACGUGAGAUAGAGAUGGAAAAGAGCACAUAACUUCUGCAGAUUUUGGACGAGUCCACACACACACACACACACACACACACACACACACACACACACAACACAACACAUACAACCAACUCAACCUCAAAGUUGAAAGGCCUGCACAAUUUAUUCCAUAUUGCAACAUGUUACUUAUUGUUUGUUGUAUAUAUGUUUUGUUUUUGAGUUGUCUAUGGACCUAAAUAAAGUUAUUGCUAUUGAAA